AUGGAACACAUGACAAAUAUUGUUGAUGCGGUAAAUGAUGAAAAUGUAUUCUUUGGUAUGAUGGAAAGAGGCGGUGGCGGAGAGGGUGGUGGUUGUAGUGGCGAUGGUGAUGAGGCGAAUUUGAAAAAGGGUCCUUGGACAACAGGAGAGGAUACAAUUUUGAUAGAUUAUGUAACAAAACAUGGUGAAGGGAAUUGGAAUGCAGUUCAAAAAAAUACAGGUUUGAAUCGUUGUGGGAAAAGUUGUAGGCUUAGAUGGGCUAAUCAUUUAAGACCCAAUUUGAAGAAAGGUGCAUUUUCUCAUGAAGAAGAGAAACUCAUUGUUGAACUCCAUGCACAAUUUGGUAACAAAUGGGCUCGAAUGGCUGCUUUGUUACCUGGAAGAACAGACAAUGAAAUAAAGAACUACUGGAACACAAGAAUCAAACGUCGGCAAAGACAAGGUCUUCCUCUCUAUUCAGACGAACAUGAUCUUCCCAACACACCAACCACACCAACAACACCUUCACAAUGUGUCACACCAACAGGAACAAGCCCUAACAACAUUACACCAAAGUUUGAGUUUUUAAAUCAAAACAACCACCAAUAUCAACAACAACAUCAACAUCAACACCUUCACCCUUUAUCCCCAACACCAACUCAUCAUCAUUCUCCUCUCUCUUCACCACUCCAACAUAGACAACAACGACAACAUUCUUAUUCUCCUCACACAUUCAUAGAGACUUCACCUACACCAUUUUCAUCUUCACCUUCACCUCUCUCUUUCACUUUCCAAAGACCUGCACCACUCUUAUCUGCACCUUUUCGCUUCAAACGUUAUCGUUCCAGUCCCAACUUUAGUCUUCAAGUCCCUUCUGUAAUACAAAAUUGUGCUUCACUCCAUGAUCCUUCUUUAACCUCUCAUCAAGAUAGUUUUAGGUUUCCAAUUCAAUACAACUCAAGUUUUUCUCAAUACUUUCAUACUCCCAUGUUCGAAUCCGAUCGAGGAGUUUCUUCAUCGUCUUUACCUUUCUCCACAAAGUUGGAGCUACCUUCAAACCAAUAUUCAAGACUAUCAUCAGAGCAAGAUGUUAAUGUUAACAAUAUUGAAUUCAAUGAUCCUAAUCCUUUUCAAACCAAUAAUAGUGGCUUAAUGGGAGAUCUUUUAAUGGAAGCACAAACACUAGCAUCUGGUCAAAAUUCAAAGAAAAGAAGUUACUUGAGCUUAAAUGAAGGAAAUGAUAUGUUUAAUGGUUGCCAAAGCCUAGAUGAUUUCCCACUUAGCUCUGUUUAUUGGUCUUCUAAUUCAGGACAAAAACUAAAGGAAGAAGCACCAGACCUAAGCAAAUUUAUGAAUGAUGACAUCUCAACAAUGUUAACUGUGAUGCCUUCUUCCACAAUGCAAAUUCAGGAUUGGAAUAAUAAUAACAAUAACAAUGCAUCAGAAGUAACCAACGUUCAUUCUUCUAGUGGUGUGGUGAUGGCAGAUGAAAAUUUUGGACUUGAUUUCAAGCCUAUAGCUUCAUUGUUUCCUCUCACAAACGCAACAAAUAAUAGUAAUGAUGAUAAUAAUAAUAAUAAUAAUAAUAAUGAAAACAACGGUAGCUAUACUUGGGGAAAUUUACCUGAACUCUGUUGA